AUGCGCAUCCUUGGCAAAGAUCCAGACCGCUAUAUCAGUGUCCCCCAAAGCUUCGGCUACAGCGAAAAGAAGUUCAUCACCCGAUUCGCGCAUCCACAUAACAUUCACUGCCUCGAUCACAUCCGGAAGCGCCUUUACCGUGAUUAUUACGGAUACCCAAACGAUACAAUGGAUUGGAUCCAUACCGAGCACUGUCUCCACGCCUUGGUGGAUCAUUUGACGUGCUACGUCCAGUACGAUGUUCUCAACUACAUGUGGGUCGAAGGAGAGCCAGCGGCGGAACCUGAGCUCACCUACAAUCGUCAAUGUCAAGAUCUGGACGCGCUGCUACGCUGGAGCAAAGAUAACCGUGUCGACAAAGAUUUGCGAGUAUACUAUAUUCAGCCGGCUGCGGGUGAUAAGAUCUUUCCCGCAGACGCAGAGUUCCGCAAUAUCGAAAACGAGUACGACCAGAACAACCCCGACCGACCGUCAAUGGAGGAUCGACGAAAGACUUACCAGAAAGCCUACCAAGAUGCGAUAAGCUAUUGGGAAACAACAGGAGAAGUGCCGAUCGAGGAACGACCUUGGUAG